AUGUCGUUCCUAUUUGGAGGCCAACCGAAAUUAUCUUCGGAGGAGAAAAUCAGCAGGGCAGAGCUAGAGGUAGAGAUGGUCACAGAUAUGAUGACCCGCCUCUCAAGCGCCUGUAUGAAAAAGUGCAUUCCACCCGACUACCGCGAAGGAGACCUGAACAAGGGCGAAUCCGUCUGCCUCGACCGCUGCGUCGCCAAGUUCUUGGAAGUCAACAUGAAGGUCUCAGAGAAAAUGCAGCAGAUGCAAGGACAGGCUAUGGCUGGCCAGCAGGGUGGCAGUGGAUUCCGGGUGUAA